UGGGGUCCCCCAGGGCUCAAUACUGGGUCCCAUCCUGUUCUCCAUCUACAUGCUCCCCCUCAGCCAAGUCAUUCAUCGCCAUAAAAUUUCCUUUCACUGCUACGCUGAUGAUACUCAAAUCUAUCUUCCACUCAAGACAGAUGAUCCCUCUGGGCUGGACCUUUUGAAAGACUGCUUGCGGGACAUAAAGGAGUGGAUGUCACAAAGCUUCCUGCAGCUCAAUGACACCAAGAGUGAAAUUCUUCUGUUUGGCAACUCCACCUCGGUCAGUCAGAUCAGAAAGAAUUUGGGAAGUUUGGCCACUCUUGAAAAACCCCAUGUCAAAAACCUCGGGGUCAUAUUCGACCCAGACCUCAAGUUUGACAAACAAGUGAAAUCUGUGGUGAAAUCCUGUUUUUUCCAACUACGCACCAUAGCCAAGAUCAAGUCUUUCCUCUCCCCCAGUGACCUACGGAGGGUCGUGUUAAUGCUUAUUUUUUCUAGACUGGACUAUUGCAAUGCCCUUUAUGCUGGGGUCACCAACAAGACCAUCCAUAGCAUGCAGCUAGUACAAAAUGCGGCUGCCAGGCUGGUGACAGGCGCAAAAAUGAGGGAACAUAUUUCUCCCAUCCUCUCCUCCCUUCACUGGCUCCCAGUGAAGCGUAGAGUGAAAUUUAAGAUCGUCAUGUUCGUCUUCAAAGCGCUCAAUGGUCUCGCCCCAGCUUAUAUUAAAGAUCUCCUGGACCAACCCACCAGCUCCAGGCUGGGUCGUUGCCUUAGAUCAGACAACCAGAUGACCCUGAAGGUCCCACGGUCAAACCUAGUGACAAGGGGAGACCGUGCUUUCUCAGUGAUGGCACCUAGGUUGUGGAAUAAGCUCCCCCUGAGUAUUAAGUCCGCCACCACUCUGGACUCUUUUAGAGCACGGCUUAAAACUCACCUUUUUACCGCAGAUGACUUUUAAUCUAUGUUUUCAUUGUGAGUCUUAAAUGUUUAGUUUAGAUUCCUUUGUGUGUCUCAGUCUCUGUUUCUGUUUUUUUUUUUUUUUUUUUUUUUUUUUUUUUUUUUUUUUUUUGUUUCUCCAGUCGGGCUGCGCCCCGGGCUGAUGUAACAGUUGGUUGGGGGGCGCAUAA